AUGACCGCCCGGCCAGCUUCCAUCCUUCCAGCUGCCUUCUCAUCCUGGCCCCCAGACCCACCCGCCACCACCCCCGCUACUCCCUCCUCGAAAAGCACUCUGUCUGCGGGGAGGGGGAGCCCCGCACCCUACCUUCCUGCACCCUCUCCUCCUGCUGUAACUUCUGACUCCCUGUUAAAGCCAGCUUUGGGGUCCCUUCCCGGUAGUGAGACGGCAGGCCCCUCAGAUCCAAGAGCUUCAGCAGCAGCAGCACCAUCUUCGGAGGGAGUCCCGACGCUGGCCUUCCAGCCUCCUGUCUUCCCGGGCGUCCUUAGCCCCGUGCCUGGCUUAGCUGCUUCAUCCCCCGGGCAGCACCUUGCCCUGCCGGCCCCCGCAGCAGCCCAGCGGGCCCCCGCAGCAGCCCAGCUCGACGUUGGCCUGGUCUCCUCUACCUCCCCAGCCAGCACCUUCCAAGUCCUCACUGCCCAGCCUCCUCGGAGUUCCAGCAAAGUGAUCCCAGGCCUCACACCCCUGCCACCCACCGGGGCAGCCAGCUUCUCUCCAGAUACCGGCCUGAUUUUUCCAUUCCAGCAGCGUCCUUCGCUUCCCGCUGUCCACAGAAUCGCUGUGGGUAGCCAGGUCUCCUAUGCUGCCCAGGUUACACCUGGAGGGAGAGUUGCCGAGUCUAGGGGCAAGCGGAGCCCUGUGUCCACCUCAGCGCUUGUAUGUGCCCGCUCACCCACACUGUCACUCAGCCACUCCAGCCUGGCCCCCACACCUCCCAGAGUCCCUCUCCAGCCUGCAUUUGGAGAUGAGCAGAAACAGCCGGCUCUCACCCCAACCUUCUGUAGCCCUCUCCUUUCUAGGAACUGGGCAGUGACAUGCCCAAACCCUGUAUCACAGUCUGCUCUUGGGGGUGGGGUGCUCUCGGCCCCCACUUCGCAGGUCCCUGCGCACUGUCUGCUGGGCCUUGCCUUUGGAGGUACCACUCAGAGCCAGAGUGGGGUUGGGGACCCAGUGUUUGGCAGCAAGGCACCUCGACCUUUUGCCUUUGGCGGGUCAGUGACCCCCAUGGAGUGUGGGGAGCCAGGAGUCACUAUGAGCACCAACAGUGGUGGCUCCAGCUCUGGGGCUGUCAGCCCGGGAGGGACAUUGCUGAGGGGAGUCCCCAGCGCUGGGAGCAUCUUUGAGAGCAGGCUCAGCCAGAACCGCCAGUGCCUUCCCACCCUGGCCUUCCCUUCCUCCUUGGGGAGGACCGGCUUCUCUGCAAAGAAGCUUGCUCUUGGGGUCCUGUCCAGUGCCCCCUUUGCACAGAGUAGCUGGCUCCCGGGACCAGCAAAGCUCGGCUGCAACGUGGGCACUGGGUUGGGCUUGCCACCAGCUGGAGGCUCUGCCAGCAGGGGUGGGGAUCCUUUCAGGUCUCCAGCCUGUUUUUUUUCCAUUGGUUCAAAUCCAAAAAGCCCAAGGAGUCGGGAGCAUGAGCGUUCCCAGCGGCAUCUUGCCCACAGGAAAUAGGGGCUCUCCCUCCCUCAGCCUGGCUAGACCUCAGCGUUUCCGGGAGAGCCUGAGCUCUCUGUCCUCUGAAUUGAAUGCCCUUAGAGCUAAAGAGAAAGUGCUGGUGUUCCCUGCGCUCCUAAUCCACACCUUGAGGACAGCACAGGAUACUCUGUGGUGACACAGAGUGAUCCCCGCCCUGACCUGUGUGCCCAGGCUGGGCACCGCCUCCUGCUUCUGCACCG